AUGGCCACUCUUCUUCUCAGACACUCCUCUUCCACUUCUCGCCGCCUCUUCCCCUUAGCCUCUCAAAUCCACUCUUCCGUAUCUCGUUCUCCUCUCUCUACUCCCAAUGACUCCACCUCCACCUCCUUCUAUUCUUUCAAUUCCAAUCCAUGGUGGAGAUCCAUGGCAACUUUCACCAGAACGAAGCCUCACGUUAAUGUCGGAACUAUUGGACACGUGGAUCAUGGGAAGACCACGCUAACUGCGGCAAUCACCAAGGUGCUUGCGGAUGAAGGGAAGGCUAAGGCUGUGGCCUUUGAUGAAAUUGACAAGGCUCCUGAAGAGAAGAAGAGAGGAAUCACCAUUGCAACGGCUCAUGUGGAGUAUGAGACUGCAAAACGACAUUAUGCGCAUGUGGACUGCCCUGGACACGCGGAUUAUGUUAAAAAUAUAAUUACGGGAGCUGCCCAGAUGGAUGGUGGUAUACUUGUUGUAUCUGCACCUGAUGGACCAAUGCCUCAAACCAAGGAGCACAUUCUUCUUGCUCGCCAAGUUGGUGUGCCAUCUCUUGUUUGCUUUCUAAAUAAAGUUGAUGCUGUUGAUGAUCCAGAGUUGUUAGAGCUUGUAGAAAUGGAGUUACGUGAGCUACUGAGCUUCCACAAGUUCCCUGGGGAUGAAAUCCUGAUCAUUAGAGGUUCAGCGUUGUCUGCUUUACAGGGUACAAAUGACGAGAUUGGAAGACAGGCCAUUCUAAAAUUAAUGGAUGUUGUAGAUGCAUACAUUCCUGACCCUGUUCGCCAACUUGACAAGCCCUUCCUAAUGCCAAUUGAAGAUGUGUUCUCAAUUCAGGGACGUGGAACAGUUGCCACUGGCCGUGUUGAACAAGGCGUCAUUAAAGUCGGUGAAGAAGUAGAGGUGUUGGGUCUAAUGCAGGUAUGUAUGUUCAUUGAGUCAUUUCCUAUAUAUAGCUGCCCUCUGAUCCUUCCUGAACCAUGCUUCCUCAUGCUUGAUGUACUUCUCAACUUCUUCUUCGAACUCUUGAUAAAAUUCGAAAACUGGUCGUUUAGGUUAUCCCUAGCAUUAGCCUCGUCAUCAUCUCGUAGUGGUACAGGUGUAACGUUGCUCUGCUCCCGACCGAUGUGGGACACGGUUCUAAGUUUACCCUUGGCACGUCGAAUGAAACUGUUGAAAGUUUCAUCGUUAUCAAGUGAGGUGUUAUCUGAGUUCGCCGCACGACCAUGUUGUCCCUUCCAAGCGCGUGUGGUCUCUACUGCUGGAUUAGCAGCACGCCACCUCAUCCUUGGAUCAUAUCCAGCUUCACUUGAAGCAACUCUUGUUGGUUUGAAAAGUGUUCGAUGCAAGGUAUAUGGUUUCUCGACAAACUUGGUUAAGCUCAAAUGA